AUGGGCAGACAGCUUUCAUUUAAUAUUGGGAGCAUCGAGGCUGAAGGCGCCUCGGAUAAGUGCGUUAGCUCAGGCCGGGCAACCGCGCUGGUGGCCCUAUUCGAAGCCAUGACCCGCAUCCUCCUGGGGGCUGAGUCCAAUAAGCGGCCCAUGAUCUAUACUUACACUCGCUCGAGCAGGCCCAUGGAGGGCCAUCAAGGCCUACAGCCUGCCGCUCCAGGCAUAGCGGCUCGCUUUCCAGGCAGCACUCGCCCCCAGAUGGCCCCUGAACUCUGCCUCUAUGCUUGGCAUUGUCUUGCAUCUGUUCAUACACGGAACAAAUAUAUGGAACUCCAGGAGGAACGUCGCUUGAUGGAGAGAGAUUGGGUGCCUGGUAUCAGGGCGCAAUGUCACGUCGAGACAGUGCUCGCACGAAGGAGCCACGCACCGCCUAAACGUCUUGGAUUCGACCUCUCAUCGUACCAUCCCAUGUAUGCCAUAUGGAUGUCUUUCUGAGCCACAGUGCUGCUCGUUUCCAAUGCCAUCAUUGUGGAGGUGAUGAGCAGCAUUAGUGGACUACCUGUACGUAAGUGGCAAUCAAUCGACGUGUCGCAUCAACUGCAUGGUUGAAUGACCACCAAAAGCGAAUGAGCCAAGAUCAGGAUCUAUGGAGGUUAAUUUAAAAAAGGGAAUUCCUUCGAGACACUAGAGUAUGCGGUUAGUAGAGUAGUGACUG